GGCAGAAGUGUCAUGGCGUGCCAACACUCAAGAUCUUCGAGAAAUCUUUCAAAAGUAUGCAAGCCAUGAAGUCCGUGGCACAAAAUAUAUGACCUAUGCUGACCUAAUCUGUAAAUAUUUACAACUGUUCAAAGCUGAAAAUUGUAAUGAGAAUACUCUCAAGUUGUUAGGAAGCAGUGCGGAUACAACACGAGAUGGACUUAUAUCAUUUGCAGAGUUCCAAGCAUUUGAGGCGUUGCUAUGCCUACCAGACAGUUUAUAUGCUUUGGCUUUUCAAGUAUUUGAUCAGCGUGGAAAUGGUUACAUAGACUGUGAGGAGUUUGAAUCUAUAAUUAAACAUUCAACAUUAAACAGCAAAAUGCCCUUCAAUUUCGACUCAGAUUUUAUCCGUCUGCAUUUUGGUAAAGAUAAGAAGCGUAAAAUAUCAUAUAAUGAAUUUACGCAAUUACUUCAUGACUUUCAUGAAGAGCAUGCUCUCCAAGCGUUUCGUAGUUUUGAUAAGAAAGAUACAGGUUAUAUUACACCAACAGAUUUUGAGUUUAUCAUAUCAAAUCUAAAGAGUCAUCUGCUGACACCAUUUGUGAGAGAAAACUUAGUUACGAUAGCAUUAGGAGGUGAAACUCAUAGAUCAAUAAGCUACGCAUACUUCAAUGCUUUUAUAUAUUUAUUAAAUAAUUUAGAAUUAGUGAAAAAAAUCUAUUUAUCAGCUACUCGAAGAGAUGAACAUAAAGAAAUUACAAAAGAGGAGUUGUUAUAUCAGGCCCAGGAAUUUGCUCAAAUUACCCCGUUAGAAAUUGAUAUUUUAUUUCAACUCGUUGGUCUUUCACGUCAAACAGGAAAAGUUGCCUAUGCCGAUAUUGCCAAUUUAACACCAAUGGAAGGAAGAGAGACCCCUUUCUCCUUACAGAUGCAAAUAGCAGAGAACCACCUGUUAUUAGAAUCAGGUCAAAAUAAAAGAACACCAGCUAUGGCAAUAUUUGAAUCUGCAUAUAGAUUCACUCUGGGAGCAUUUGCUGGUGCAACUGGAGCAACUGCUGUAUAUCCAAUAGAUUUGGUCAAAACUCGAAUGCAGAAUCAAAGGACAGGUUCUUAUGUUGGUGAAUUGAUGUAUAAGAAUUCGAUAGAUUGUUUUAAGAAAGUUAUUAGACAUGAAGGUUUUUUUGGUUUAUAUCGUGGUUUGGCUCCACAGCUUGUUGGUGUAGCUCCAGAAAAGGCUAUCAAAUUAACUAUGAAUGAUUUAAUGAGAGAUAAGCUAAUGAAUAAAGAUGGCAGUAUACCUCUGUGGGCUGAAAUGGUGGCUGGAGGAACCGCUGGCGGUUGUCAAGUUAUAUUUACCAACCCUCUAGAAAUUGUUAAAAUCCGUCUACAAGUAGCUGGUGAAAUCGCAUCACAAAGUCGUGUUAGUGCUAUAAGUGUUAUUAAAGAUCUUGGAUUCUUUGGUCUAUAUAAGGGAUCUAAAGCCUGUUUUUUACGUGAUAUACCUUUUUCUGCUAUUUAUUUUCCUGCCUAUGCACAUAAUAAAAAAUUCUUUGCUGAUGAAAAUGGCUUCAAUACACCUGGGACUUUAUUACUGUCUGCUACACUUGCUGGUAUGCCUGCUGCAUUUUUACCCACCCCUGCUGAUGUGAUUAAAACACGUCUACAGGUGGCUCAACGAUCUGGCCAAACAACCUAUAAUGGAGUAUUCGAUUGUAUUAAAAAAAUCUGGCAAGAAGAAGGUGGUAAAGCUUUCUGGAAAGGAGCACCUGCUCGUGUAUUCAGGUCUUCCCCACAAUUUGGUGUAACCUUAUUAACAUAUGAAUUACUACAGAGGUUGUUCUAUGUAGAUUUUGGUGGCAGACGUCCACAAGGCUCUGAAGCUAAGUCAGUGCAGUUAGAAGAAAUGUUGUCUCGGAACCCUGAUCAUGUAGGAGGCUAUAGAUUAGCACAUGCAACAUUUAAUGGAAUAGAAUCUAAAUUUGGACUGUGUUUACCACGAUAUAAAUCACUUGUGUAAUGUUGAUUAUUUUAGGUUGUUUUUUAAUCUUGUUUUGUUGAUGUGAAUUUUAAUAAUUAAUUAAUUAAGGUAUAUUCAUCAAUCUUCCUAUUGUUUAAAAAUAAUAACUGAUUGGGUAUCCUAUGAACAAAAUUGAAUAUAUGAAUAGAGGUUCAAGAAUUCUUUUUAUGGAAAUCCAUAUAAAUAAGUUAAUUUUCAAAUUAUUUCUAAAAUUUACAAUAUUUUUACAAUUUAUAUACUCACAAAUAUAAU